AUGUCGCGCACCAUCGCUCCCCACCCCCCUACCACCAAGCCGUACGCCGUCCGCGCCGAUGCUCACCCCAACCCCACGGCUAAGCGCCUCCUCAAGCUCAUGGACCGCAAAAAGUCCAACCUCUGUGUGUCGAUCGACGUGACCAAGUGCGAGGACGCCCUUGAGAUUGUCCGCCGCGUCGCCCCCGCCGUCUGCAUGGUCAAGACCCACAUCGACAUCAUGGAGGACUUUACCCCGGCCUUCACUGCCGAGCUGGCCCGUCUCGCGGACGAGCACGACUUCCUCAUCUUCGAGGACCGCAAGUUUGCCGACAUUGGCAACACUGUCGCUCUCCAGUACUCGUCGGGCGUGCACCGUAUCGCCGAGUGGAGCCACAUCACCAACGCCCACCCCCUGCCCGGACCCGGCAUUGUCACUGGCCUGGGCAAGGUCGGCAAGCCUCUUGACCGCGCUCUCCUCCUCCUCGCCGAGAUGAGCAGCGCCGGCAACCUGGCCGUGGGCGACUACACCCGCCAGGCAGUGCAGAUGGCCCGCGACGCCGGCCGUGACUGGGUCGUGGGCUUCAUCGCCAUGGGCCGCGUGGACUCUGACGGCGACGACGACUUCCUCGUCCUCACCCCCGGUGUCGGCCUCGUCGCCAAGGGCGACGCACUGGGCCAGCAGUACCGCACCCCUCGCCAGGUCGUCUACGACUCGGGCUGCGACGUCAUCAUCGUCGGCCGCGGCAUCUACGGUAUCGAGGGCGACGCCGCCGCCGUCCUCGCCGAGGCCGAAAAGUACCGCGCCGAGGGCUGGAAGGCGUACGAGGACCGCCUUAUCCAGGCUUAG